UUAAGAGUCAGUAUGCUAUACCGACUGAGCCAGCCAGGCGCCCCUCUGGCCAAUUUCAUGUCACGUGAGCCCUUUGUCUAGGAGAAGGAUGCCCUCAGUACUGUCCAUUACCGAAGCACAGAACUCUUUGGCCAUUCUAUUUGUUGCCAUAGCUCAGACCUACAUUCUCCUUGAUAGAAGGCAUAAAACAGCUUACAGAUAGACCUUGUGUGUAAUAUCUACAGAUUCCCUGAAGGUGUGCCAUUCCCACGUGGGUGGAAAACAACCCGAGUUGCUGAAAGUUGAGGCAGUUGGUCCGAGGCCAGUCACGGAAUCUCAGCAUGCUUCAAGUGAGGGAGCCUGUGUUUGGGCACUCGUGUAACCAUACGACAGCUCUGCAGUUUAGGCACAAGAUCUUACUCCCAGGGAUGGGAGAGCUGAGGCCCUGAGAGGUUUAGAGAAUGCUCAGGGUCACAGAGCAAGGAGGCCACAGAGUGGGUAUCAAGUCCAACCGGAUUGGACUGAAGGCUGUGAAGGAAAACCCACGGUGCCCAGCCUCCAGGCUUUUCCCGAAUACUGUGGUGGGCGGAGUACUCAGCCUCCUAAAGCUUCAAAGCCUGUAGCUAGCAUUCUUGGCACACUUGGCCUUCCGUGCGGGAAGACUGACGGCACCAGAAGUCCAUGAAAGCCGCUCAGUGGAAAGAACCUGCUCCCGCAAGAGAAGCGGAGUUGGCUACUCCAGAAUGAACCACAGCUCCGAGAAGGGGAAGUAGGAGCCCAGCUGUCUCUCUGGUAUGGCCUGUGAACCUCAGAUGGGCCCCAGCGGGGCAGCCAGCCCAUUGCCCACCUCCUCCCCUGGCUGGAGUGCCUUGCCUGGAGGGAGUCCCCUGGGCUGGGGGCAAGAGCUCCGCAAUGGCCAGGUCCUCACGGUUCUCCGGAUCGACAAUACCUGUGCGCCCGUUGCCUUCGACCUGGGCGCCGCAGAAGAGCAGCUGCAGACCUGGGGCAUUCAGGUCCCCGCCGACCAGUACAGAAGCCUGGCCGAAAGCGCCCUCUUGGAGCCCCAAGUGAGGCGGUACAUCAUCUACAACUCCAGGCCCAUGCGGCUGGCCUUCGCUGUGGUGUUCUAUGUGGUGGUGUGGGCUAACAUCUACUCCACCAGCCAGAUGUUUGCCCUGGGGAACCACUGGGUAGGUGUGCUGCUUGUGACCCUGGCUGCCAUGAGCCUGACCCUGACCCUCGUGCUCAUCUUCGAGAAACAUCAGAGGAAGGCCAACGCCAACACGGACCUUAGGCUGGCGGCCGCCAACGGAGCCCUCCUGAGGCACCGGGUACUGCUGGGCGUGACGGACACGGUGGAAGGCUGCCAGAGUGUGAUUCAGCUCUGGUUUGUCUACUUUGACCUGGAGAACUGUGUGCAGUUUUUGUCUGACCACCUUCAAGAGAUGAAGACUAGCCAAGAGUCCUUGCUGAGAAGCAGGCUGAGCCAGCUGUGUGUUGUCAUGGAAACUGGAGUGAGCCCCGAGACCGCAGAGGGGCCUGAGGACCUGUUGGAGGAAGCUCCCCUCCUGCCCGGCGAUCCUCAUCCUGGGGAGAGGCCGCUCCUGCAGACUGAGCUUCGCCAGCUCGUGCCUGAGGCUGAGCCAGAGGAAAUGGCCCAGCAGCUGUUGGCGGUAUUUGGCGGCUAUUAUAUCCGGCUCCUGGUGACCUCACAGCUCCCCCAGGCAGUGGGGACACGACACACAGACUCUCCAAGGAUUCCCUGCCCUUGCCAGCUCAUAGAAGCCCACAUCCUGGGUACUGGGUGCUGCCCAUUCCUGGCCAGGUGACCUUGGGAGGAAGGUCCUCAGCUUCCUGCAAGACUGAAGGUCCUCAGGAAGGCUCAGGAGCGCCAGGUGGCUGAAGGUGUGCCCCAGGUGAGGAGAGAAGCAUCGGGGAGCACUCGGAAGACUGUCAGUCACGUCAGAGUGUGGGUAUCGUGCUCACGCCAGGACUUUGCACGGAAAUGCCGGUCCACAUCCCAUGCUGACCCCUGGCCUUUUCAGAAGCUGAGCCCGCGCCACACUAGCUUCUGUGCUGCUUAGAACCAUGGGCGUGGAUGGAAGGUCACUCUCCCAUGCCUUUCAUUGUCUGGAGAGCCCAGAAAAUGUGAACAUGGCCCUGCUGGGCCAGCCAUGUGUGCAAAGCUUGGUCUCGGGAUGGUCCCAUCCUCAGCUCCUUCAUGUCAGACGGGAAAACUGAGCCUCAGAGAGGAUUUUGCUCUUUGUAGCAUUGUCUUGGGCUUCUAGAAUUCCUAAUCUGCAGGAAGUAAAUCCUCAGAACGGUCUCCAUUUGUAAGUUUCUCGUGCCCUGUGUUUUAUGACCGACAGUGGCCCCGUCUGGUCUGCUGGCACAGAGACUUCUAGGAGGCAGAAGAAAGAAACCAGUGGCACAUAACUGAUAAUGGGACUCUUCCGGAAAGAUUGAUUCUGUCUGAUUUGAGGAUGUAUUUCGUUUAAAGGCCAUGCAUAUCUGUGAUUAUGGUUUUAUACUCCAGACCGAGAGCCUCAGUCUUGUUUUCUGCUGCUAACCUGUCACUCAUGGGGUUCCAUGAAGAGGUUAGGAUUCUCUGCUCCUGAGCAAGUUUGAAGACCAAUUAUUCCACAGGCCCAAAUCCAAAAGACCUGGGCUGGCAUUUAAAGGCUCUGCAGCCUCCAGGACCCAGCCCUCACCUGUGAUUUUGGCUUCAUCUCCCACAAAACUUCUCCAUAAGUUGAAACUCUUUCCUGGACUAAUGUACCUACUCCAUCACAUCCUUUGAACUCCUAGGCAUGCUUCAAAGCCCAGCUUUACUUACUUCUCCUUCAGGAAGCCUUUCAACAUACAACAUGCCCUGCUUCUCUGCCUCCUUUAAAUUCUUAAUGUAGCUGCUGCCUUGAUUGAUGUUUUACGUUAUCAACUCUGUUUUCCUGUGCAUGUUUUUCUAGCUAGACUCAAUUUCUGAAGGGCAGAAUUCUCACCUUAUAAUUUUUGUGCAUGGACUAGACCUGCUAAGGGUUAAGCCCAACCUAGUGGAUUGUGGGCUUUGUCAUUUCUAUAGGAGCCUCUCUGCACCUUACUCUCUCUACUCAGUUGAAUGAUGAGGCUGGCAGAGACCUGGGCUCUGGUCCUGCUGCUGACAUUUCUAACUGUGUGACUUCUGGCCAGUCCCCAGUUUACUCAUCUUUAUAUAAAUGAAUAUAUAAUGGGUAGGUUGGAUGAUUCUUAGCUGCCCUUCCAAAGCUGUAGUUAUCGCUUUUUCUGUUCCAGUCUCACCUUGGGCCUGUGUUAUGCCUUUAUCCACAUAGAGAAGGGUCCUCCAGCCUUACAUGACUGAGGUGUCCCAGACCCGUUGGGCCUUCGCACAGAACACAGGCCUCGUUAGGAGGAGACCUGGAGUCUCAUCCCAGAUAUGCUGCUUCCUUAGAAGCACGGCCUUGGCCGGGUCUCUUAACCUCUUUUGAGUGUCAGUUUCCUCCUUUAUACAUGGAUCUGGUGAACACGAAAUGUAAUCCUGUGGGUGACACGCUGUGUAAGAGGCCAGUCUGACUGUCUGCUUUCUCAGGGCCCAGAGAAAACAAGUCGUGUACAUAGACCCACCCUGCGAAGUGGCUGCCUUAGGCAUUUCUCUUUAGCCAGCUCUGAGGGCGGCUGGGCUUGAUCAGAGUACCUCACGAAGGCAAUCGUAGACGGAAUGUGGGCUGUGAAUGGACUCCGUAGAAGCCCGUAUUUAUCAUCCAACCGUGACACCCCAGGAAGUAUAGCAACGGGAUAAAAGUGUCCAUGUUAAAUGACCAAACAGCAGACUUUCCAUCUUAGGGCUUACGUACAGACCCCCCUCCCCCCCCCCCCCCCCCCCCCCCCCCCCCCCCCCCCCCCCCCCCCCCCCCGCCUUGUGGUGUUUGUUCCUGCCUUUUCCUCUCUCCGGUGUCUGGUGGUCUCCCCUGGUGGGCGGAGCAUUCAGGUGUGACCCCAGGUACUUUCUUGGCCUUCGCCACUGGCUCUCCUCUAGAAAAUGCUGCGAUCUCGGUCAUGCAAAGAGCAGACCCCGUGCAUGGACACGCGCCCUGCUUUAUGGCUCUGUGUUGAGGAUGGAGACGGUGCCGGUGGUGUCGUGUCGCGAAGUGGGAGCGGAGGGAGUGGCUCAGAGCUUGGAUUCCAGAGUCCUCACAUCCAGGUUCCGCUCCUCCCAAUGGUUCUCGAACGGAUGGCCCUUCCCGUCCUCAGGUGUCACUCCUGCUGUGUGGAAUGAGGACUUAGCGCAGCUACCUGCCAGGUCUGGUGAAGAUGAGGUCUUGUAAAGAAUGUAAAGUACUUGCAGCUUUGAGUUGCAAGUUUGAGUCAGAGCACAAUAAAUUGUUGCUAUUUUUUUCUUU